CCCAGAGUUUUCAAGCCCCAACAUUCCAACGCCGAAAGAACACCUUCUUCCUCUCUUCUCUCUCUUUCUAGAAUAUUCCAAUUUUCUUUUCACUUUUCAUUCAACUCACUGAGUGACAAAAGCGAGUCAUGGAAUCUAAACCCGUAAACAUUAAGCUUCUCUGUAGCUACGGUGGCAAGAUCCUCCCUCGAUCAACCGAUGGUGAACUCCGUUACGUCGGCGGUCACACCAGAGUUCUUGCCGUUAAUCGUUCAAUUUCGUUUUCAGAAUUGAUUGAGAAGCUUCGUGAAUUCUGUGGUUCAUCUGUGAAAUUAAGGUGUCAAUUACCAAAAGGAGACUUGGAAACGUUGAUCUCCAUCACAAACGACGAAGAUUUGGCUCAAAUAAUCGAUGAAUAUGACCGUGCCUCGUUGAAAUUAACUCAUCCGUUGAAGAUCAGAGCUGUUCUUUCUCCGCCGAAAUCGGUGUUGAAAGUUUCUCCCGAUCCGUCGUCUGCGUCGUCAAGUGCUAGUCGUUCUCCGUACAGAUCACCUUAUACUUCAUCUGAAUCGCCACCGUACGCGGCGUCGUAUAGAAUCGGACGUUACAGUCGCUCGCCGAGGGCGCCGGUAGGGUACUCGUUCGGCGCCAGGAAUGGAUCGGCGAAAGCCUAUUGCUACACGGGCCAAAUCGAGAGAGGACCAAGGCCCUUGUAUUGUGGGCCUCGUUUCAAUAAUUACUGCCAUUAAGCCCAAAUUUUAUUAAUAAAUAUAUUAAUUAGAGUAAAUACAUGAAUGAAAAAAUAUUCAACGAAGGAUCUAGAACAAAACUUUAAAUUUUUUUGAGAGAUGUGAAAUACGAGAUUUUUGUUCAUAUAAAUUUUGAGAUGUUGAGGUUCUAUUUUUUAUUUGAGCCUUAAUUUUUUUUUGGUGGUUGUUUUGGACUUUUUUUUUUUUUUUUUCAAAGUUGUGGUUCUGUUAACUGCCGUCUAAUUCGGUAACAGUUUUUGCGACGUGUCACGUGCGUACCGCUUUUGAUGGUAUUGAUUCCAUCUAGCUAAGUCCGUCAUCGUUUCUUGCGUUCAAUUCAUUCAUGACGUGACUUAUUUAUGUUGAAUGAUUAUUAUUAAAUGAGUUGGCUCCCAUUUAAUUUGUUGGUCAGUUUUGAAAUUCAAUAUUCUUUUUUGUUUUGACUAAGUUUAUUCUUUUUUUUUAACUUAAUAUUAUUAUUAUUUUUUUUAAAAUUAAGAUUAUUAUUAUUUUUUCUUUUGUUGAAAAAUAGGGUUAUUCUGUUUGAUUUGUAUUAUUGUUGAACUAAUCCUUAUAUGUGUGAUCUAUGUUUUGUUUGUUUUUGUUUUCUUCCAAUUAGCAGGUCAAUAAUUGGAGGAUUGAAACACGGUGCCGUAAGUUGUGGGAUUUGAGAAGAGGACAAAACGUUUGAGUCUUCUUGAGAUAGGAAGGGGCCAACUUAUCCAACAGAUGCUGGCGUAGUGCAUUAAACAACUUGAAUAUAAAUAUUAAAACAAAAUAAACUUGAAUAUAAAUUUAUAAAAAAAAAAGAGUGGGACUUUAAUAUAUUUUAUAUAUAUAUGAAAGGUACAAAACA